AUGGACAGAUUUGGAGCCAGUGCUGGCUACAAUGAUGCCAACAGAGCGUUCCUACAAGCCUUUCUCGCCCGCAGCGUCCUCACACUUGAAACGGCCAAGCCUAUCAUUGCGGCAUGCUCAACAUUCAAAGAACAACGCGAAGUCCUGCCGCAAGAUGUCACGGUCGAAGACCUGAACGACUACAUCGCAGACGCAAACCGCAAACUAUCCCCUCUCGACCUCGAAAUCAGAAGUACCUUCCACCAGCAGACCCGGGAAAGGGUGUAUGCUCUGGUGAACACCACGAGUGACCCUCUUACUCAACUCGCCACAACGUACACGGCUGACGAACUCGUCUAUGUGAAGAAGCUUCUGGACGCGAUUUUUGAUGGACAGAACAACAAGGGCAAAAGAGAGGCCAUGUGUAUAAGCGGUAUCGAUGCCAUCCAGGUCGGGAGGGCUCCUCUUCGACGGCAGACAUCAGAUGGGAAUGAGAACGCGACACAGGCAUCUGCUGGCGUGCUCGGUGCUAAGGACGCUGAGAAUAUGCUGCACAGAUUGCUGGAUGAAGGGUGGCUGGAAAAGAGUCGGGCUGGGUUUUACAGCCUGAGUCCUCGUGCACUGAUGGAACUCAAGGGCUGGUUGGUGGACACCUACAAUGACGAAGACGAAGACGGCAACAAAAAAGAGAAGAUCAAGUUCUGCCAUGCUUGUAAGGAGAUUAUCACAGUGCUGACGGACCCCUCAAUUGCCAGGGCCAACGAUGUCCUCGACGUGAAUGCCCUUGUCGAAUACACGAUAUCUGUACCCAGAAUUUCUUUCGAGUCCAGCGAUCCUCAAGGUGUCCACUAUGCAGAACUGAAUGGGAUGGCGAACAUUUUGUGGGAGAAAAGUCCAUCACAACCUCAGAAAGCUAUCAGACUGGAAGGAGAAGGAGCGGUGCAAACAACAGACCGAGACAGAGCACCAAUGCUAAUAAUGAGGUGGAGGAAGAGGAGGGAUGACAGGUUGACCGUCGAUUAUGGAUCCUCGAAAGACCAUACCACAACCGCCACCCUUGUGGGUUACUGCAAGCGCUCGGAUGAACAACGAGCUACCUCCCCAGGAAGUUUCGGGUACCGAAUCCAGGUGACGACUUCUGAUGCAGUGGGCAACAGUUCCUUGACAUUCCAAGCAAGUCCAACCCAAGCGGCGCUCCACCAGGCACGCGGCGACGGCAAUCCCCCAGCUGGGAAGUUGGGUGGCACUGGGGCCAUUGGGACCUUAUGA